AAACUAGGUGUGGUGUGCAGGAGUGAAGGAGAGGGGAAAACUGAGGGCUCACCAGCUUGGUUUGGUUCUCUUUGACAGUUUCACAAAGUUUUAAGCUUACAAACCAAAAAAAGACUCACUGGUGGAUGAUUCGGCUUACCUGUGAUUAUGGCUUGGACUUUAUUCCUAAAAAAGAAUCUCUUGCUUUUGAUAGUGCUGUUGUCGGUGGCCAAAGCUGAAACAGAGAAUAAGGAAAUGACGUUGAAAAGGACGAAAAGAGAGUGGAUCCUUCCUCCUUCCAAGUUGGAAGAGAACACAAACUACACCCAUUUGGAGUUCAUCGCUAAGAUUCGCUCUGACCGAGAUCAAAAUCAUAAGGUGGAGUAUUUCCUCAAGGGAAAUGGAGCUGACAAACCACCCUACAACCUCUUUGUUGUUGACGCCAACACCGGCUUCAUACGAGUUACUGACAUUCUGGACCGGGAAAAGUAUCCUUUCUACAAUCUAACGGGCGUAGCGAAAUACAAAGAUGGGUCCGAUGCCGAGGACAAUAUCCCACUGACUGUCACAGUCAUCGACCAAAAUGACAACGCUCCUUACUUUGAGCUGCACACAGGGAACGUUUCAGAGUCCAGCAAAAAAGGAACCUUUGUUAUGCAGAUUGAAGGUAAAGAUGACGACCAGGCCGGAACUAUUAAUGCACAAAUCUCGUAUAGCAUCAUCAGUCAGGAGCCAAAGGGCAAAGGUCCCAUGUUCACUAUCGAUUCAAAGACUGGUAAACUUUACGUCAAUGACCCCACACUGGACAGAGAGACCCAUGAUUUCUACAAACUGGUCAUCAGAGGAACUGAUAUGGGAGGUGCACCAGGGGGGAAAACAGGGACAGGAACUGUGGAGGUCAAAAUCCUGGACAUCAAUGACAACAUCCCUACUCUGGAAAAAUCUGAGUAUGCAGGCUCAGUGGAUGAAAACGUUGCUGAUGUGGUUGUGAUGAGAAUCAAAGCUCUGGACAACGACCUUCCGAAUACGGACAACUGGCUAGCUGUCUUCAAGAUCGCCAAAGGAAAUGAGGAUAAUCUCUUUUCUAUUGAGACAGAUCCAAAAACCAAUGAAGGCAUUCUGAAGCUGAUCAAGGCCGUAGAUUUUGAAGAAGUACAGAAUCUUGAGCUUGGCCUCCUCAUUGAGAAUGUGGCUCCUUUUGUAGUAGGCAGUGCGAUAGAGAUGGAUGUGGAUGUCCAGGUUGGAGAAGGUCUUCCUGUGGCUGCCGGAGCUGGAGCUGGAGCCGGAGCUGGAGCAGGAGCUGGAGCAGGAGCUGGAGUCGGUGUUGGAGUUGGUGUGGAUGCAGGAGUAGACCUGGACCUGGGAGUGGAUCUGGGUUUGGAUCUGGGCCUUGAUUUAGGACUAGAUGCUGAUCUAGACGCUGGGUUGGAUGCAGGACUUAAACCCGACUUAGGACUUGGACCUGGAAUUGGAGUUAAGCCCGGUGUUGGGCCUGGUGUCGGGCCGGGUGUCGGGCCUGGUGUCGGUGUUGGACUUAAGCCAGGCAUCAAACCGGGACCAGGAAUCAAGGGGAAGCCCAAUGCUCCAGCAAAAAGCUAUCCUAUUAAAAUAGCAGUAAACAAUGUUCCAGAGGGUCCAAGAUUUUCACCUGACACCAAGAAAGUGCCUGUGUCCGAGGACCCCAACGAUGCACCGUUAGAUGGAGUACUUACUGUGUUUGCUGCUCUCAAUCCAGAUACAGGAAAACCAGCUGAAAACGUCAACUAUGCUAAAGCCUAUGAUCCAGAUAACUGGUUUACUAUAGAUGAAGAGACGGCUGAGAUCAAACUCAACAAGGUACCAGACAGGGAGUCACCCUUCUUGGUCAACGGGACCUAUGUGGCCAAAAUUCUGGCUAUAACUAAAGACAUGCCAGCAAAGACAGCCACAGGGACAAUAGCCAUCCAGGUCGCUGACUCCAACGACCACUGUCCUUCUCUGGUCACUGCACACAGCAGUCUGUGCUCGGAUAAAAAAACAGUGUUGGUCACUGCUUUUGAUGAGGACGUCUAUCCCAAUUCAUCUCCAUUCACUUUCCGAAUCGUACCUGAAGGUACAAAAGGAAACUGGGCUGUAGAAGUCAUCAAUGAGACUACAGCAGCACUUCAUUCUAGUGAUAGCUUGUGGCCGGGAACAUAUGAGCUGAAGCUAGAAGUGAUGGAUGCUCAGGGUCUUUCCUGUGAAAGCGACGAGGUGUUUACUCUGGACGUUUGUACUUGCGUUGCAAAGGAGGACUGCGCCAACUCAAAGGCAUUAAGACAUGGAAGCACCGGAUCAAACUUUUCAACACAUGCCAUUGGCCCACUCAUAGCGGCUAUGUUCUUACUGAUGGUGAUUCCCUUUUUCUUGGUGUUCUGCCAAUGCAAAGCAAAGGAUGGCAUUUUCCCUGAUCUGUUUAAAGACAUACCAUUUGACACAAAAGAACAUCUGAUACACUACCAAACUGAAGGUUUGGGUGAGGAUAAGGAGUUUCCACUCUGCUCUGUUCCUAUUAUGGGAACUAAGCUAAAUACUGAGACAUCACCAAUGUCAAAUAUCGGCAACGUAUUCUCCGAAACCACAGAAACCCAUCACACAUCAUUCUACAAUGAAUCUGGUCGGGUGUUUCGGGAAAAUACUCUAAGUCCAAUGGAAACUGACAACAACCACAAGUUUUCAGGAGAUUUAUACACUCAUGACAAUGACAUGACAACAUUCAACACACAUAUGUCAUUUAUUGAAGAAGCAGGAGCUUAUUAUGAGGACAUCGCCCUUCCUGAUGCUUUCCUUGAGGACUACUACUCACAGAAAGCACUCUGUGAUGUGCCGGUGACCGAAACAUUGCUCCGGUAUGACUAUGAAGGCCAGUUCUCCUCUGCUGGCUCAGUGAGCUCCUGUAGCUUAGUGGAAUUUGACAAUGACCUGGACUUCCUCACUGACCUUGGACCAAAGUUUAAGACUCUGGCUGAGAUCUGCUGCCCUCCUACAGCAAAGCCUAAACCUCUUCUGACCCACAAGGCUUCAGGUGCUGUCAAAACAACAACUAUGACUGAACCAGUCUUCAAGCCUAAGGUUGAGAAAGAUGUUGAGACUAAGCAUGUUGACAUGAAGACAGAGAAGGUGACAUCAUCUACUAACGUGGUUAAAAGAUCCGUCAGUUCAGUAGGCACCACCUCGCAAUCCACAACUCUCCCUAGCUCCCCUCGCUCCAAGGUUACCAACGUCAGUCGUUCUGCUAGCUUUAAUCAUUCCGCAGGCUUCAAUCGUUCUGCCACACUGCCAUACCCAACUCAGACCGUGGUACUACAGCAGCAGCCAGUUUACUAUGCCCCUAAUCCAGUAAUGCAACCCAUGCACUACUUUAUCCAACAAAAUCCACCAAACACGAUUCUGGUUGACGAUAGGUCCCUGAUGUUAAUGAACGAUCCGCAGGGUCUGUCUAGACUCGUGAUGAAUGGAACCCAGAGCUCCUAUUCGGGGCUAGUUCUCCAGGGCAUUGAUGGCUCUAUGAGUCCCAAAAGUCCUGUCAGCCCUACGAGUCCAUUCAGAACCACUGUGUUGAUGCCUAGUCCAACUGCCUCCCAGGGGUUAGUCUCCAUGGAAGGCUGUAAGAUAGUAGGGCCAAACUCUGCUGGUGCUUAUGUGUUAGUUAAUGAUAAGAGCAGGCCAGGUGAAGUAGAAGUGAGGGACCGGGGCUCAUCUGAAGGCAUUUUGCCUAGUGAUGUUGUCCUGGUGAAAAAGGCUGCUCCCCCUCAGGGGGUUUUAGGAUCAGCAGCCCAGACUACAGAGACCGACUACAGUCACCUCUUAGAUCGUGUUGCUAAAAAAGGUAACAAUGUAUCACAAAAUUGGUAUAUAGGACAAAUAGGAUUUUGGCAGAAGACGCAAACAGGUUAUGGGUCAUUGGUUGUGUUUAGAUUUUUUAGUAGUCAGCUACAAAUAUGGAUGAUACGUGUGGCGACAGUGCGUAUACACCUGCACAAAUACCACCUGCCAAAAAGAUUGUCAAUAUACAUUUUAUUACAACUGGAGUUUAAAAGUUUGACUAAUGGUGAUAACCGUAAAGUGCAUUUUUCUAAAUAUAGCAUUCAAAAUAUAUCAUCAGUUACAAAAUGCAAUUUUAAACACAAUAAAUAUUGUAAAAAGACUUGCAAAAGUUUGAAUACACUGUCUAUUAUUUAUAAUAAUGAGAGAAAUACUUCAGCAGUGAAAGUCUGGUCUCAUGUUCUUGACAUUUUCUUGAAAAUUAUAAAUGCUUGCAUAUUAUAUGUAUUAACACUGUUUAGGUAUGUCUGUGCUAAUGAUUUUUAUAGAAUACAAUUUUCUCUAGUGCGGACAAAGAAAUCUUUUAGCACAUGACCUUAUGUAGUAGACACAUUUAGUUUUUAGCUUUUCCUCCGUAGCUGUAUGCCACAACUAUUACAGAUUGUUUUUCUGACUACACAUUCUAACAAAAACACAGAAGUACCCAUGCAGCACCACGAUGGGGUGCAAAUGGUCACAAUAACAACAAAUAAAUAAAAAAAACAGAACAUUUUUCAUUUGAAUCAAGAUUUUCCCUAAACUCUUUUUUAAAUAUGGUUACCAAUGUCCUUUACUUAAUAACAAUAUCAGUACAUAAUAAAAUAUUAAUGUUUACUGGAUCAGGAUGAAU